AUGGAUGCAGGUCUCACAGAGCGAGCCGCGCGAACAACCCAAAAGUCGCCUACACGAUUCGUCGAAGAUGAUCAGGUAUGCCAUGUUGUUGAGUCAGAAAGUUCUCAAGUACUGUAUGAGCCGCUCUCCGAGGAUAGGCUCGAGAUACGAAUUAUCGAUUUGGAACCAAGUACCGAUUACCACUCAGAAAUUCACUGCUGGCUCAGAAAAUUCAGCCUCCUAGAGGUCAAAUAUGGAAACCCUAGCCUCUUUUGCCUUGAAGCCUUGUCAUACACAUGGGGAAACGACGCAGCACUGACGAAUGUUGUCGUCAACGGCCAGAGGAUCUGGAUAACGAGAAACCUCGAGGCUUUUCUUCGACAUCGGCGGGAAACGCACGAGAAAGUGAUUUUAUGGGUCGACGCAAUUUGCAUCAAUCAAAAUGACCCGCAAGAUAAGAACAGCCAGAUUCCGAAGAUGAACAUGAUAUACGGCUUUGCUUCUAAGCUCACCAUCUGGCUCGGACCGGAUACAGACGAUAGUGGCCUCGCAAUCGAGACUUUGUUAAAGCUUGGCUGCGGUGCUCCGUAUGACAAAAUGCCUCUUCUGGAGCCCAGCGAGUUGACUGCACUGCACAAACUUCUCACUCGGCCUUGGUGGACGCGGACAUGGAUCGUACAAGAACUUGUCAUUGGUGGCAUGGGACCGAAACUCCGAAAUAUCAAGGUCCAAUGUGGCGGUGACAGCGUGCUUUGGAUAAAUGUGGUUGUUGCAGCCGCCCGCAUCAAAGCGUACCACGAUGAUCUGCGGCAAAAAUUCCCUAACAUCGAGAACAUCCUUGAACUGGAUAGUCUACGGGAGAUUGCGCAGGAGCACUUGAUAAACUCUGUGACCCCGAAGAUGAUCUUUGACCUGCUUUGUAGGUAUCGUCACUUCUCUGCAACCGAUCCAAAGGACAAGCUUUACGCUUUCUGCAAUAUGUUCUGCAGACUUCCGUCUGAGCGCGUUGCUACCAGAUACGAUGCCGAUCUGAAGGACAUCUAUAUCAAAUUUGCAAUCGACCAAUUGUUGGCCGAGUACGACCUAGAGAUUCUACGCCACUGCGGGCCUUCAGCGCACAGCCUACCUUCAUGGGUUCCAGAUUGGUCAGUGCCACUUGGAGUGCAGCCCUUACCACUCAGAAAACUGCAGCGAUACUUCCAGGUACCUUGGUGGGCCAAUCCAAUCAGACGCGGAUCUCACAGAUACAUGGCCAACCAUACUAUUGUGCAGGGUUCCAAUGUCCAGUACCAUCUCGGUCCCUAUACAAGAGAUCCUUUUGAGGCAGAACGCCAACGACGGCUUGAAUUGAAGCAGCUGGAGAUAGCCGCUAAAGGAUAUGGUAUAGUCCAGGACUUGCAGGAGAUUCCGCCGGACUUCACCUUUCAUAAAACUCCAUACACGUUCCAGGACCAGAUUCAGGAGCUACUCAAACAGGGCAAUCUCAUCUUCUCAGUUCAGGACGAGCGUUGUUUGCCUCCCGAGUCCGAUUUUUUCGGAACGGAUCAACCGGAUGCAGUCAAGCAAGGAGAGAUUAUAACAGAGCGCCGCAUAAAAGGGUGGAUUCUGCGGGAACUGACAGAACUCGGAGCCAACGCAGAGUAUCGGACCGCGCAAGGAACCAGAGCAGAUGUCAAGAUCAAUCCGCAUGAAUCAACCUUACGAGCCAAGGGCAUUCUUUGGGAAACGAUCGACAUAUGUCACGAAGGCUUUGUUGAAGAUCUUGAUUUAGAUUGGAAGAAUGCUACACGAUUUAUGGUUGGUGUCGGAGCCUGUAAGGCUCUUGCCUUAAGUCACAAGUCAGCAGCUGAGCGCUAUCCGACUCAAUUGGAACGCCUGACUGUGUUUUGGUCGACACUAUUUGCCGGUCAGGUCGCGGAAUCUGACUCAACAGAUGAGCAAGAGUCGCUUCAACGACUUCGCUACACAGAGUGGCUGCCUGAGAUCCCACCAGACUGGGUUGCUGGCACCCCACCAAUGACUGCGACAACUACAGGCCUCGUUGAUUUAGCCGAGAGUGGGAAGGCAAUAGAGUGCUGGGUGAACAAUUUUCAAGCAGACAACGGCGGCAGUCAGCCUCUAAAAUCUAGUUUCUCGAUGGUUUCCGAGAAGAUGUUUAAUCCAGAGCAAUGGCCAGAAGCCGAGAGAGAGAAUUACAGGGCCGAUCUGAGAGAGCUCGGCGAUAUGUGGCGUCGACAACGGUACGACCUUUAUCAUCGGCCGUUCGAGUUUCUAUACAUUGUUCCAGAUCCAUACUGGGAUAUACGGAAGGAUCGCGAUGAGAUAGCGCAUCAGCGAACUCGCCAGUUCAGAUCCGCGGGAAUCUUCUCACUUACCCCAUCGGAUAGUAGUGGACCAGGGAAGGAAGCUGCACUCUCACGAGACGACCUCCGGAGAUAUUCAUCUGCCGUUCGGGAGAGAAUGACGAGCAAGCCCAGUAUAAUUCCGCAGGGCACUCUGGAGGGAAAGAUCGAGAAGUAUGCUCUUGGACGAAAGUUUUUUGUCACAAAGAACGGAUACUUCGGGCUGGGCCCCAAAGACACAAGAGGUGGAGAUAGGGUAGCCGUUCUCUUCGGGUCAAAUGUGCCAUUUGUGCUCCGCAAACGCGGACCGGGAACGAAAUAUCGAGAAUGGCAGCUCAUCGGGGAGACUUACGUCCAUGGAAUCAUGAAGGGUGAACUGAUAAGACAAUGGGAACUUGGAUUCAUCGAAUCGCUGGAUAUCGUGCUUCGUUGA